AUGGAUAGCGAAGAUUCGGACUCUGAGGGCUCGGACUCGGAUGGGUUUUGGGAGCAGAUCAGAACAGAGGGCACGCAUCGAUCGCUCGUUGAUGUCUACGCUGAUGAUCUAAGUCAUGCGGUGACAAGUCUGUACAAGCUGUCUCUAUCCCUCCAAAACCAGCACAGCGUCAUCGGUCGGCUUAAGCCUCCCACAAUAUCCACUCAAUGGACUCAAGACACCACAGUCUCAACAAUACAUCAGAACAUCGAGGUCGCAUCAGACUCUGGGAGAACAAAGUUCUCCGCUGCAGCUUCCACCAUGGGAGAUCAGGAUCAAAAUGUAAAUGUGGUCCCGCCACCUCCAAGUGCAUCAAGUGUCACAAGGCGAGAUCCUUUCAUCCGCCCAUACUGUCAUCAGACCGUACAGGCAGAAAACGACGAAGACUGGGUCUCCAACGUGUACAGUGACUUGCGACCUUACAUCUCGACAAGAAGUGGAAAAUCAGUCGAAAUCAUCCACAUCGGCGCAACAAUGUCCACUUUGUACCAAGCCUCCAAUGUCGAACUCGGGUCGGUUUCAACAACAUCUAGCUCGACAUCUGCAGCAACUCGCCCUUUUCGUUCUCGAGGAGAAGCCGAUGAUGAGGAUUUAGCAGCUCGCGAGCAAGAGUCAAAUGAGUCGCAAAAAGCUACGGUGAUGGGUGUAGAAGAAAGAGAACCCAUCUACUCUAUCUCCGUUGAUGAUGAGGCUUCUAUGUCCGAGAGCUCGAUCUCUGGCCUCCUAUCGCCCACCGAUGAUCGCUUGCUGGAUGCUACUCCACAAUAG